AUGCCUUGGAACAAUCAUACCGUGGUAACAGAAUUUAUUUUUCUUGGACUUUCCAGCAAAACCAAGAUGCAAGUUAUUCUUUUCUUUGUCUUCCUGCUUGUGUAUAUGAUCAUAUUAAUUGGAAACAUCUCCAUCAUUACUCUAAUCCUGUCUGAUGUCUGCCUUCACACACCUAUGUAUUUCUUCCUUGGCAACCUCUCGUUUCUGGAUCUCUGCUUAUCAUCUACCAUUGUGCCGAGGACGCUGAAAGAUUUGAUGUCAGUAAAGAAAACUAUCUCUUAUGCUGAGUGUGCAACACAAAUGUUUAUUUCUCUAUCUUUUGGGGAAAAUGAGUGUAUUCUGCUUGCUAUUAUGGCGUAUGACCGUUAUGUAGCUAUAUGUUAUCCAUUACAUUAUACUACAAUCAUGAGUAAAACUGUUUGUGUCAGACUAGCCAUCGGUACAUGGAUAUGUGGGUUUCUUCUCUCUAUUCUCCACGUGUCACUUACACUCAAUGUAGAUCUUUGUGGUAACAAUGAAAUAAAUCACUUUAUGUGUGAAAUGCCGGAAAUAUUAUCCCUGUCCUGUGAAAACAUUUUAUUUAUUGAAUUUAUUAUAUAUGUUAUGGGUGUGAUUAUUAUCAUAGCACCAGUCACAUUUAUUGCAAUAUCUUAUUUUAAAAUAAUUUUGAGCAUUUUAAAAAUUAAAUCGGCAGCUGGGCAACGGAAAGCAUUCUCCACCAGUGGGGCUCACAUGAUGGUUGUAAUAAUGUUCUUUGGUUCAUGUAUGGCUUCCUACAUGAAACCUAGGUCCAUAUCUUUUAAAGGAACAAACAAAUUUGCUGCUAUAUUUUAUGUUCUUGUUACUCCAAUGCUUAACCCAAUGAUUUUCUAA